AAGGAAUUGUUUAAAAAACAACAAAUAAAAUGCCCAUAAACAAAAUACAUUAUGAUAAAAAGACAUUACUACUAGAGAAACAGAGUUUACUUGAUAAUAUCGUGUAUUGUGAAACGAGAAUUGCUGAGUUAUUGACAAAAAAAUGCACAAAUUACAUAGAAGAUAGCGAUAGCUCAGGCUCUGAAGAUGGUUUCACAUUGUCAAUCGAUCCAGGUCCAACUGUAAGCCAAUUGAAACUUCUUCAGUCAUCACUACAGACCUGUCUGCAGGCUACACAAGAACUAACUAAUCUUCAAGUUCUGCAAUCGGAAGUUAAUGUGAUGAUAACUGAGCCAGAAUUGGAAGGAGAGCCACCGGUUACUGAAUCAGGUACAUGGCGUGAAGUGACAGCCGACUGUAGAAUCGAUCUAGUUCCGUUCUCGGUUCAGUUCUAUAUGCAUCAACCAGAUCGUAAGUUCUCUGCGCCUUCGUAUCGAAAGCUCUGUGUGAUACUGGUGAAGGCGGCUCAUGAAACCGAACUAGCCAAAUCUGUGCUACCACAUCUGACCAGACCCAGUGAUGUUGUUGAGGUGUUGAAGAGUUAUUCUGUGGCGUAUAGAUCGCGUCGGACGUCCCUGGCCAGACUCGCGGAGAAAUACGAGUCCUCUCUGUACAUGGAGCCUGCGGCCGAAGGUGGUUAUCUGUUGAGAUGCGCGAACCUUCUGGAAGUCCACUGGCGCCUGGAGAACAAGGUCUCGGCGGUGGCUCCGUUCUACCACAGAAUGAAAUUCGAUCUAGAAUAUAUGAACGAGUCCUACGUUGCUAAAAUAUCGGAAGCCCACAAGCAGCUGUCCGACCCAGCGCUCUCCACCGACGAACGCACCCUCUUACUGUCAAAAAUCAUAACCGUAUGCCUCGAGGUGAAUGGACAGGAGACGGUGGAGCCAAGUCGCCUGGACACCAGACAGGACGCCCUCGACGGAGACCCAGCGUCACACAUCAUGGCCCCACCCAAGGAGAUACCGAGGAAGCUGGCAAAAAAACCCUCAAAAAGCCUUAAAAGGUCUCAGCCUGACACCGCCAAUGUCAGUGCUAAAAAAGGUAAAAGCGCCCCUGAAGAUACCACACAAAAUCAAUCAGACAACAUAAAUAUUCACAAUUUGGUUGAUAAUAUAGAUAGUAAGAAAAAGAAUUUUGAAGCGACCACAAAAAAUGUAGUUACCAGUCAAGUUACUAAUAAAGAUAAAGAUUCCGGUAAUGUUGUACUUGAAAAAGCUCAAAUGAUAAAAAAGCCUAUUGCUGAGAAUGGAGGUCGUGGAAAUAAGCAGAGUUCAAACUCAGAGGUUAACGUGAAGAGUGUAAAAAGCAAUGCAGCAUCCAAAAAAAUCCCCACACACAAGUCUCGGCUAGCGGAAAAGUCUAGUGUUGCCAGUGCUGAAAUUAAAUCUACCUCAAAAAAUGUAGCCGCAGUCAAAAGUAGAACCGAGAAAUUAAACUUGAAUGAAAACGAUAAGAAUGUUAUGAAUACUAAUAAUAAUAAUAAUGGUAAUGAAUUAAUCGAUAAAGUAACAGAGAGAAAUAAAAUUAUCACACCCAAUAAAAGGGAAAACGUAGCCAACAUCAAUGUAGAUAACUCAAGAGAUAAACAGAAAAACGAUUUACAAAAUAAAAAGAUACAGAAAAAGAUAUCGAUAAAGUCUCAUAAGAAUCCAAGCGGUAAAAUGAAGGCUGGCAACAAUAAUGUCCUGAGUGCUGGCAACACAGACGCGGCUAAGAAAUCCAAGAUACCCCAGAAGGUUUCUUCCCCGGUCGUGGAUAGUAUUAUCAAGAAGAACAUGCUAAGAAUAAGUCCGAGACGUCUGCCAGCCAACAUUAAGAGCUCUUCGGAAACGAGUAAUAAACAGAGAUUGAUUAAGACCUCAACGAGUAUACCGCGAUUAUUGAAGCCAACGUCAAAGAUUAAAUAGAAGGAAAUGAAAAAAAAAAGUUUGAU